GUUUGUAUCCGUGCAGGUCGCCUAAGAGACGAUCAUCUCGUCUUCGUCGCACUUGAAUACCUCCUAACUCGCCCUAUCUUUGUCUACCGUUGGCUACCUGCGCGCCGGCUAUCCUGUCUCCUGGUCCCCUCUCCUCUCGUCUACCUUUCGCUACCCGCGUCCUCCUUUUCCUCGUCUCGCACCUGGACGAGACUAACCUGAGCCAAGAAACGAACGAAGACGGAGGGAUAGACGGAGGCUGUGGAGAAAGCGAGAGGCGAGACGAUCCGAGGAGCCGCAGGCACUCUCCUCGCCACCUCUCCACCACGAGUCUUGGUACCUAUUGCUGGAUUCUCUGACGGAGGAGUGGGAGUACGUCGAGAGAGUGCUACAGGUAGGUGAGCCGAAAGAGGGAGCGAGAGAGAAGUUAGGUGGAUGAAAGGAGAAAGAGGGUAAAUGGGGAGGCGUCGUAGGGUGGCCAGGUAAGCGAACGAAGAAAGGCACUCGGCUGAAGGGAGAUGCAGCGAGGAGAUUCGGGAGCGAGGGAGGCUGACACGUAGAAAGAGAGAAGAAGGUUGUGUUAAGAGGAGAAGGAAUAAAGAUAGGAAGAUUGCGCGUGUGUGUAUUUGUGUAUACGUCGGAGAGAAGAGAAGGGGGUCCGAGACACGGAGCCAAGAGCGGGAUGCUGGGAGGCGGCGGCGACGGCGGCCAUGUUGCCGUAUCCCGAGAGAAGAGAGAACGAUCCGAGAGAGCACCGUGAGGCUGCUUCGUUUGUUGCUUGCAGCGGCUGCCCAAACUUUGGGUGGUUUAAUUCUACCUGUUGGGCCGCACAGUUCGGGCUAGUGCAUCCGUUCCACCCUCGUUCGCUCGGCACCACGAGGUUACAGCAAAACGAGAACUCGAGCCGUGGCAUCGACGCGACGUCGGUCGAUCGGUCGCGCGUACUACACACGCUCGCGUUCGCCUUCGUCUUCGCGUUCGCGUUCGCGAUACCCGGCUACUACGAUGUCGUCGCGUUGUUUGCUCGCGUCGUCGUCGUCCAGGUCGUCGUCCAUGUGGUCGUCGUCGUCGUCGUCGUCGUUCUUACCCUGGUGCUUCGCGUCGUCGUCCUCGUCCUCGUCCUCGUCAUCGUAGUCGGAGUCACCACUCGCGGUCUGCGCGAGCGUGCGCGUGUGCCUGAAGCCGGUGUACAAGUGUGAAUCGUGGACAGACGAUCCGGUUUGGAAAAACCGUUCCCGGGUAUCCUCGUGACUCGUCGAAGAGGGGUGUGCGCGAAAGGAACGAUAGCGCUGGUGACUGGUUUACCGGAACGCGACACACGGAAUGGACCAGAAACGAGGAUAAUGAGGUGCGUGAAGUGAAUUUUGUGAGUUUCACGGUGCUUUAUCUGUCUUCGAACACGAAUAUUAUUAAGCCGAUCGUUAGGAAGGACGCGAUCGUGCGUCGAACUGUGCGUGAGUCCGGUGGAACAGGGUGCCCUCUGGACAGGGUGCCCUACCAGAAACAUCAGUCUCGGACUCGAGGCAAACCGCGAAAUCCGCGCUCGCACGGCUCGGUCAAUCGCGAAGGUGGUGACACUAUCAUCCGUUGAGAUGUGAUCCGGAAUACAGGAGGGACGCUUAGUAGUUUGUAGUUGGCCCCCUCCCUCCCCCGACACCCCACCCCACCACAUCAGCACCCUUGCAACUUACCACCCACCACAUUCUACCACCAUCUACCACCUUCCUCUACUGCUCGCCACGUAUACGACGCAUACAUGCGCUUCGCCGAUCGUCCAUCCAUCUUGGAGAAUAGCCUGUCGGAUGCACCUCAACAACAUCCUUUUCGCGACGACACGCUUCCUUUUGUACGUUCUGAAGCUAGCCCCAACAAUUCGUUUGAUUCGCAGGUCAUCCAACGACCGAUCCUCUUCUUACCGUUAACGACGUGCCAUACAACGCUCAGCAGCCUGUGAUACGCAAAACCCUUUGAAUAGAAUUCGUACGCGUAGACGUAGUACACGGUUAACAGACCGUUUAACCAGCAGAAAAUCCUCGAUCGAAGAUCGUUCGAGGAAAGAAGGAGGAAGAUCGAGGAAGAUCGAGGAAAAGGGAGCAACAAACCACGCCACGAUACGACGAGGAAAGAGAAGUGGAAGACAGCGCGGGAGAAUGUCGACUUGCACCGACGAGGCCGACAACGGACCCCUGCACAUGCAGGAGGCUCUGUCCCCGGUACAAGAGGGGCCAGUGUCUCCGGCGUCCUCCUCCCUGAGCAACCAAAAUCAAAACGAGAAUGAACAACAAGUGUUACUUGCCACGAUGCAGCCGGUGAACGUGUUGGACCUGCACGAACCAUCGGCGGUCCACUCCCUCCACCCUAAAUACCAUCAUCAUCACCACCGUCAUCAUCACCAUCAUCACCAUCAUCAUCAUCAACAGCAACACAUCCAAGGAGAUCCGGACGACGUGCAGCAACGUGGCGGCGACGACACGGACGGUAGGGUGACGCCUGGCGGGGAUGCAUCGGCUGCCAAUUCGACGCUGGGCGUCGGAGAGCACAAAAUGAUCGAUCUGAUAUACAACGACGGUCAGAAGACCGUCAUGUACACCCACGACAAAGAGAUCAUCUACGAGAACGAAGCUGACAGGGUGCAGGUGGUCGAGUAUCCUCCACCGCCACCCUCGCCACCCUCGCCGACUACACCGUCUUCGGUCAGCAGAGCCGCGUUGCUACCCCCGAGCUGCGUCACCCCACGAUCCGGAUCGACCACCACGGCUCUACACCUGCACCACUAUCCUCAGCUUCAGCUCCAACACGAGGACGAUCUACCGCCGGGUGUACGGCACGCUGUGAACGCCACUGUGCCGAAUUGUGCUGCUGCCACCACCACUACCACGGUGCUGGUGCUGUCGGAGUUGGUAGCCGCCGACCCAGCGGCAGGGGCCGCGGCUGCGCAACAACUCACCCUCACCGCCGCCGCCGCUGCUGCUUCUCUUCGUGCAGGACGUCGAAGUCGUGGCGAGGAGGAGACGAACGGCGUGGUCAGCGAGGAGAAUUCACAGCAACAACAGCAGCAAUCUAGUUACGUAGGUGGACAGCGGGAUACUGAGGAGGAGGAAGAACUGGGGGCGGAAGAGGCGGCGGCGCAAGCGGCCCAGUCGCUGCAGAGCGGCGCCGAGGGCGCCGACCCGGAAGUACACAAGAGGGUUGCUGCCGUGCAGGUGCAGGUGCAGGGUAUGGAGGGCGAUUGGCGGACCUACUGCGAGCAUCCGCUCUCGGUAGCGACCGCGGCGAUGCUGAAUCUUCAGCAACAGCACCAGGUAUCGGCUGUCGCCAGCCAUGGCGACGAUCCGGCCGCAUCCUACGUCUACGAGUACUAUAAACUUCCGGAGAAGACCACCGCGGAAGUGAAGUUGCCACCGACACACGAACUUUGGUCCACGGGUGUUAUGGGGCAAAAGCUGCUGGUGCAGGAGGCGCCUGGCUCCGGUUCCGGUUCGACGAAUCGGAUGGAAGGUGGCGAAGGUGCCGGAGGAGGGGAGCUACACCACUUCCUUCAUCAGUACAACCAACAGUCCCACAGUCCCGGGCAGAGCCUGCAGGGUGGCCUUCCGCUUCCGCUUAGCCCGCAGUCCCUCAGACACGACGGUUCGUCGAGCGCCGGUAUCACCGGGGUGAAAAGGGAACCGGAGGAUUUGAGCUCGUCGCGAGGCGGACAGCAGCCCAGCAAAAGGCACAAACAGGCCCAACCGGAGAGUCCCACGCCACCGGGCAUGUACCAUCAUCAUCAACAUCAGCUACAGGUGCAACAAUACGGAAGCCCCUACGACCCCUACAGCUCGUGCAGUCCCCGGCUACAGUCCACGGCGUACACGUCGACCUCGGCGACAGGAGCGGCGAAUGCUGGUAACCCGAGCGGAUUACACCAGGAGGCGACGGCUGUCUACGUGACCGGUGACGCUCUACCACCGUUGGCGUCGUCCAGUUCCUCCUCGUUGUCGACGACGACCGCUUCGUACACGAGGUACGAGGUUGUGCCAAGCUCUUACGCGACGACACACGCGAUACGCUCGUCCUCGAGCAGCAGCAAAGUCCUGACCGUUGAUCUUCCCAGCCCUGACUCUGGCAUCGGCGCCGACGCUGUCACACCAAGGCAAGAUCAUCAUCCACCCACGGCGCUGCACCAGUCAUCUUUCGACUACACGGAAUUAUGUCCCGGUGGAACGGCAGCAGGAGCCGCUGUGGUCCUCGAGAGCGGUGCAGUGAUACACCAUCAACCGUUGCAGCUGCAGUUGCAACAGAGCCACGCACAGGCGCAGGUGCAACGCGGAGCCCUGGUGUCCUCGGCAGCGACCACACCGAACCCUAACCCGAAUCCACCGAGGUCGCGACCUUGGCACGAUUUCGGCAGACAGAACGACGCGGACAAGAUUCAGAUACCAAAAAUAUUUUCCGCCUAUGGAUUCAAGUACCAUUUGGAGUCACCAAUUAGCACGUCGCAGCGUCGGGAGGACGACAGAAUCACGUAUAUCAACAAGGGUCAAUUCUAUGGGAUCACGUUGGACUAUGUUCCCGAUCCCGAUAAACCCACUUUGAAAGCUGGACAGACAGUUAAGAGCGUGGUAAUGUUGAUGUUCCGAGAGGAGAAGAGCCCAGAGGACGAGAUUAAGGCGUGGCAAUUCUGGCACGGAAGGCAACAUUCUGUCAAGCAACGCAUCCUGGAUGCCGACACGAAGAACAGCGUGGGAUUGGUGGGCUGCAUAGAAGAAGUUGCGCACAAUGCGAUCGCCGUUUAUUGGAACCCACUCGAGUCCUCGGCUAAGAUCAACGUUGCGGUGCAAUGUCUCAGCACAGAUUUCUCCAGUCAGAAAGGUGUGAAAGGAUUGCCUUUGCACAUUCAGGUGGACACUUAUGAGGAACCACCGCCGCACGCCCACACGUACACGCCACCCUCGCAUCGUGGAUAUUGUCAGAUCAAAGUAUUCUGCGAUAAGGGAGCCGAAAGGAAGACCCGUGACGAGGAAAGGAGAGCAGCGAAGAGAAAAAUGACGGCUACCGGGAGGAAAAAACUGGACGAAUUGUACCAUUCCGUCACGGAGCGCAGUGAAUUUUAUUCCAUGGUGGAUCUUCAUAAGCCACCGGUUCUUUUCUCGCCACCGGCUGAGCACACUAUAGACAAGUUCUCGACGAUGGAGUUGUCGGGCUUCUACGGAGGUGGCGGCGGGGGCGGUGGCGAUACAGACACAUCGUCCCUGAGUAACGGUGAGGGCGGAGGAUUGAAGGCAGGGGGUAGCAGCCCUUAUCCUGCCUGCGGCAGACCCAGCUUGCCGGCCCUCAAGUUCCACAACCACUUUCCGCCCGACAAUCUGACUAGCCUCCACGACAAGAAGGACUCGUUGCUGAUGCAGGUGCAGGAGCUGCAGGGCUCGGUGCUGCAGGGAGUGCAGCAAGCUGGUCUCACUGGCACCGUUGUAUCCGGAGUUGGUAACAGGCUACACUUGCAGCAACAACCACCCCAUCUACGGCCGGCCGACACCGAGGAAAGGGUGAUGCUGUACGUCCGUCAGGAGUCGGAGGACGUCUAUACGCCGUUACACGUCACACCGCCGACCGUCCAGGGACUGUUGAAUGCUAUUGAGUCAAAGUACAAAAUUGCAUCCUCGAGUAUUAAUAACCUCUAUCGCAAAAACACAAAGGGAAUUACAGCGAAAAUUGAUGACGACAUGAUCCGAUACUACGUGGACGAGGAUCUCUUCUUGCUGGAGGUGACCCACUCCAGAAUGAACCCGGACCCGAGUAACGAUCGCAACCCUAACAAUCCCGGUUCACCGGGUGAUCCCGGCGAUCCUGGCGAUCCACCCGCGACCGCUGGUUACGACGUCACCCUGAUCGAACUACCCUCGACCCCGGCUCACGUCGCUCAUUCACCGUUAACGAACUCGUCGCACGGUCACGCGCACGUUCACGACGGUGGCAACACGUGAAGCGACGAUGAGACAUGCAAGAAUGAAAGUAUAUUGUAACAUGUAGCUUUCCGUUUUGUGUAAAUAAGUCUGAGAGAAGGAGCGAGAGGAUAGCAGCCGUCGACGAUCGCGGAGUAUCGUCGACACGGUGCAAUGUGAGAAAGGGACACUGGGACAGUCCGAUCGGAGAGCUUUUCAAGAAUUACCCCCAGUUGUUGAAAAGUAUCGUCGUGCAAGCAAUGGAACAGGAUCUGUAAGGAUGGAUCUUUGAUCGUGUUAAUUACGAUUGUUAUCUUGCCGCAACAGUGCUCGAAGAAGUUCGUUUUAAGAAGAAACAACCCUGAAGAGGAUCGAAUGGAAGAUGAUCGACCCUGCUGUACUUGGGACUCCAUGUGAUUGGACUUCAAAGAAAACGAGAAACUGUUCGUAACCGUACAACUUAAGAAGUCAAAAAAGAAAAAAAAGCGAUUGUUAGUUUAUAGUGAUCGUCUUGUGUAUCGUUUUAGAAGGCCGCUGGUUGAUUUGAUGUACAGGCAGUUCAAUUACGAGUUUCGUGUAUCUUACAUUUCUGUAUUUUUUGAUUAUCGAUGAAAGAGAAUGUUAUGCAAAGAUUGGCUAUAAACACUUUGUUAUAAGAUUGUAGAUUAAUAUCAUUUUACCAGGUGGUGGUUAUCGUCAGUAUUACUUUUUCAACUGUUUUUGAAUUUAUAAAAGCUCGUGUAUAUAUACAGGAAUUGCUUGGUUAAUUGAACAGCCUGGUAAUAACGGCGAGGUACUCGAAUCGAAACACAAGAUCGCGAAAAAGUAUAUCCGUAGCCGUGCAAGGCGACUCGUUAUUUUAUAUUUUUGUUUGUUUUCACUUGUGAACAAUUUAUAUCGAUGGUUGUUAGCUUGUAGAGUAAAUCGUGGCGUCGUAGUUGAAACGCGAACGCGAUCUAUUAUAAAUCAAUCAAAAUUGAUUUAAGGACUCCCUCUCCGACUCCCUGUAUCCCCCUGUUAAAUGUUAAGUUAUACGUAUGACGUAUAGAUGUAUAUGAGAAAUCAAUUGUAUUUUAUCGUAUCGUCGAUUUAGAGUUUAAAUUCUUGUUUACGGCGUUCAAACCCUCGAACGACGGUAGCCGGGUCAAUCGUGACCCAGUGCUCUGACAAUACUCAGAAUUAUCAAAUAAAAAUCUUACAUACAUUAAGAAAAUAAUAGGAUCUAAAGAAAUAGUAGAAAAUUUAGAAACUUCAGAUGAAAUUAAAAUUUUAAAAUCAUUGGGUAGGAUCGAUAGAGACCCAGCUCCGUCAUACGAGGGUUAGUGAAAGAACAACGCGAUUGAUUAAUCUGUUAAUGAUCGGGCGCGUUGAUCGAGCAAGCUUUUAUUUUAUACCAAGACUAUGAGAACUCUUAAUGUCGCCAUUCCAAGAUAGACGGGUGCCAUCCAAGCAUUAUCUCUUCAUAGCGUUACGUUCAUACACUUCUGUUCGAUCUUGAUCGGUUUCUCAAGCACGCGCGAUAACGUCACAUCAUACCGAAUGAUCAAGGACCUCUAAUAUUCCAUAUGGUUCGCGUGAAACGCUGCCAAUUUCUUCCGCAAACUGUUCACCUUCGUAUCUCACUAUUUAUACGUACCGUUCAAGGAGAAUCUUAAUACUGAUUAACCAUUCUUAGGAUACUUCGCCGUCAUUCCAGAUGCUCCUGAGUAGCCCAGGAUCCUUUUGAUAUUAUUACCAAGAGCAAGUAUUAAUCAAAUACGUAAUUUCUCAAGUUGGAUGAUCAUGAAAGAGGACACAGCUUCGUGUAUAAACUGUUAGUAGGGACUAGUUAUGCGAAAAAUUUCGAUGGAAUCACUGUCGCGGUUCAUUGCGAUCAGCAAUAUUUAGGAUAGAUAGUUGUAUCGAUAUCUUUAAUAAACCACAGUCGUUGUUAGAAUGUUAGCCGAUCCUUUGAGGACAACCGAUUGAACAAUUUAUUUCAUUAGCGAUCAAGAGUGUAUCAUGGAGUGUUUUAUUAUAAAAAUUCAAGUCAGAAUAUGUACGUUGACUUUCACUAUGUACGUCCACUUGCCAAUCUCUAAAUCACAUAUAUUGUAUAUACGUCGAUAGUCCUCAAAGGAUUAAUCACGUGAAACCCGAGUUUAUCUUGUUUAUGGCGGAAACGACUCUGUGUAACUUCGUCAUCGUCGUAGCUUUCGGAUGAAUGACAAGAUAUAAAACAAUAAAAUAGCCUGCGGUCGUAUCGUUUUUAAGGUUGAAGUAACAUUAACGUGCCACUGGUGAAAGCGAGCCAUUCGUCAUUCAUAAGUAUAGUGAUUUUGUAUCGCUCGCAUGUACAUACGUGUAUUAUCAGGUGCAAUUUAGACUUUUUUUUUUGGUCAGAAGGGAAUAUGAGGGAGAGUGCUCUACCAGUUGCCUUAUUUGUUCGUGUUCUUUGCGUGCAAGGAUAACAGGCUCUCCUUGGGCUCAUCCUGGGUCCAUCCAGGAUUAUAGACCAUUGGUAGGUUCUUCUUCUUCUACACUUACUUUUAACCAAAAUAAACCUAUAUUGCAUCUGAGUGUACACACACACACGUAUACAUACUCGUAUUGCACCCCUACAAGAAAAAUGAUUCAAGUUUGAAUUUUUUAAAUUUCUGAUGAAUUAUAUGUACUUUUCAAUUACCAUGAAUAAUUAAUUUUGAAAUAUGUAACUUUUUUGGAUUUUUGUUUGUAUCACUUUUCUUGUAGAACAGCUAUACAUAAAACACUGUCAUCAAUUAUAAAAUCAUUGUUAGUUUACGUUUAGAUUCGACUAGAGAAAAAAAACUCAUUGUUAUACACACAUAUUAAACCACGACACCGAUAUCAAAGCAAGGAUCAAAAUACGCUUGUAAAAUGCAUAUUAUUAUAUGAGUACUAUAUUUUGUUACAUCAAUUGCAAGACAGCAUAUAGUUUGAUAUUACUAAUUAUAUAUAUAUACAUAUAUAUAUAUAUAUGAUUCUAUUGACUAGAUCUACGUAAUACGUAUAUUAUUAUUAAUAUUAUUAUUUUUAUACAAGGGGUGAGUGUAUCCAUGGUGCGAGAAUGAGAGUAAUAUGGAAGGAUCGAAAGAGGAAGAAGAGAGAUAAGAAUGAACGUGGAAGAAUGAAUGAAGAGAUGAAGUAUGUCUGAAGUUCGACGGAGAAGAAGAGGUAUUUUAGAAAUAUGAAGAUUGUUAGCGUUGCUCCAUGACAUUUUUAUUCAUAAUCAAUAUCUUCCCCGACACCCUGCUCAUUUUAUUACCAUAUAAAGUUAGCCACCCUACCAUCGACCCGCCCCUCGAAUCAUUCUUCUUUGAUCAUUUGCAGUUAAGUCUCGAUAGACUCGUCGCAUUUGCAGGAACGAAUCUUUUCUUUUUUUUUUUUUUUUU